UUCGACCUAACUUUCUUGACGCAAUAUGCCAGCAGUGCCAGCUGCGAGUGCAUAUCAAGAGAUCGCGAUGGUGCGAAUCCUAACCUUAUGAAGCGAGCACAAUAACAAGGUUCUGUGCGUUACUCCGAAGAGAAAAAUGGAGCAGUUCGGCUACAUGUUUCCGUCGACGUGAGACUUUCAAGAUCGGCUUAUCGUCGAAGUGUCAGGUGCAACAAUGGCUGGACUGCAGGACUGCUUCGAGUUUACGUGACAGCCGCACCUCUCGUUCCAAGAUAAUUCGGCCUCGUAGUUGGGGUGUAGUGCUUAGUUGCCAAACUAGGAGGCGUAGAGCUUCUUAGCAAAAGUCAUGUCUACUGUAGUUAGUUUAGACUCGAUCAAUGAGUAUGCCACCGAAGUGGUGAAGGAUGUCAUCACCUGGUGGUGGUGGUACAUAACAGAAAUAUCAUGGCAACUUCUGAUAGCUGUUACGGCUUAUAUCUGCGUUUGCCUAUUCCUUUAUGCUCUAUUCAAAAGAGUAGAUCAGAAAGCCUGGCAGUUGCCUGGUCCACCCAGUAGGCUGCUGUUAGUCACUGCGCAUCCUGAUGAUGAAGUCAUGUUUUUUGGACCAAUGAUUUAUUGGAUAACUCAAUCUAGCGCUAGUCAGAUUUAUCUUCUUUGCUUGACUAUGGGUGGAGACAAGCAGAGAAAAGAUGAGCUGUGGGCAUGUGCAAAGAGACUGGGUAUCCCUGAAGCCAAUAUAACUAUUGUGAUGUGUACAGAAUUACCUGAUGAUCCAAAGGUGCAAUGGCCAGAAAAAGUGGUUGCUGAAAGUGUUCUGCAACAUAUAGAAACUUAUAAAAUUGAUGCUGUGGUUACGUUUGAUAAGCAUGGUGUCAGCAGACAUAGAAACCAUAUUUCUCUUUUUUAUGCAAUUGCUUCAUUGUGUAUAGAAAAAAAAGUACCUCCGUAUUGUAAAUUGUACACACUUGAAUCUGUAAAUAUGUUCCGGAAGUAUACACAACUGUUAGAUCUGCCCAUAAGCAUGCUGUCUGCAUCGUAUUGGUACCUGAUCACGUAUCAACAACGACCCUACAUUCGCGAUGCAAUGAAAGCGCAUGUAUCGCAGUACGUGUGGUUUCGCAAAUUGUAUAUGAUGUUUUCUCGAUACACUUUAAUCAAUACCCUCCAGGAAGUCAAUAUGCUUGAUCUCGAGUUAGAUCUUCAAUUCGACGAUUUUGAUGACUGAAACUGUACAGAUGUAUGUUGAAUUAUUCAAAUUGUAUAUAUGAAAAAAAAAUUUUACCAAAACAAAAAAUAAAAAAAUCUUUCAAAUUUAA